AUGGAGGGUUGGGAUCCGACGACCAAAUCUACGCUCACCCAGAUCCCGUUAUUGACCACAAGAGCGGGUCCACGCGAUGGGGCGGCCUGGACGCAGCGGCUGAAGGAGGAAUACAAAGCUUUGAUAGCUUAUACGUCGAUGAACAAGUCUAAGGACAACGAUUGGUUUCGGAUCUCCGCUGCUAACCCGGAAGGGACCCGAUGGACCGGCAAGUGCUGGUAUAUUCAUAACCUUUUGAAGUAUGAAUUCGACCUCCAGUUUGAUAUCCCGGUCACGUACCCGGCCACUGCUCCUGAACUUGAAUUGCCUCAAUUGGAUGGAAAGACUCACAAGAUGUAUAGAGGAGGCAAGAUAUGCUUGACAGUGCAUUUCAAGCCACUAUGGGCAAAGAAUUGUCCUAGGUUUGGAAUUGCGCAUGCCCUGUGUUUGGGUCUUGCCCCAUGGCUUGCGGCAGAGAUCCCUAUUCUUGUUGAUUCUGGCAUGAUCAAACACAAAGAUGAUACAGCCUCGUCCAGUGAGGAUCAGAAUCAAUAA